CUGCAGUUGCACCACAGAUGUUCUUUCUCUAUUAAUGGUUAAGAUGCCACCCUGCCUGCCUCUCAGGCCCUGGGAAGCGCCCACUGGGCAGGGCCAGGUGGAGGCUGGAGUAGGUGGGGACAAACCUUUGGCCCCAAGAUUUGGGUCACGUGAGCCGAGGGAGCGCCUAAAAGCUCGGGUUCUGCUGGAUUCUCGGGGCUGGCAGGGGCUGGCAGGGGCUGGCAGAACCAUCUCACUUCUGGCUUACUUGGCAGCCGCUGCAGGAAACCUCCGCCCGGGUCUGCGCCACUGCGACUAGCCCAGGAUCGCUCGGCUCGGCCUAGAGCGGACCAUUGGUGCCAUGUGGAACUCAGUUGUUUUGCUGAUCCUGUUCACACUAAGCCCAGGAGGCAAUGGGCUGUUUCGCUCCAUAUAUAAAAAUGUCAAGGUCUCUGUACCAGUUGAAGGAGAUGCAGGACAGCCAUUAUUUCUUACUCCUUAUAUUGAAGCUGGGAAAUUCGUAGAAGGGAAACAUUUGAGUUUGGUUGCUCCUUUCCCUGGAUCAAAUAUCAAGAGUUACGCUGGCUACAUCACUGUGAAUAAGACUUACAACAGCAACCUCUUCUUCUGGUUCUUUCCUGCCCAGGUGCAGCCGAUGGAUGCUCCCGUUGUCCUCUGGCUACAGGGUGGGCCAGGAGGCUCAUCUUUGUUUGGACUCUUUGUGGAACACGGACCUUAUGUGGUCACCAGUAACCUGACCCUUCAUGCCAGAGACUUCCCAUGGACCACUACACUGUCCAUGCUUUACAUUGACAAUCCAGUGGGCACAGGCUUCAGCUUUACUGAUGAGCCUCAGGGAUAUGCAACCAAUGAGGAUGACGUGGCACGUGACUUAUACAGUGCUCUCAUUCAGUUUUUCCAGUUGUUUCCUGAAUAUCAGAAGAAUGAUUUUUAUGCCACUGGGGAGUCUUAUGCAGGGAAAUACGUACCAGCCAUUGCACACUAUAUCCACAUCCUCAACCCCAGGAUGGAGAUGAAGAUCAACUUGAAAGGAAUUGCCCUUGGAGAUGCUUAUUCUGAUCCUGAAUCUAUCAUAAGGGGUUAUGCAGCAUUCCUAUACCAAAUUGGCUUGUUGGAUGAGGAGCAAAGAAAGUACUUCCAGAAGCAGUGUGAUGAGUGCAUAAAAUACAUCCAGGAGGAGAAGUGGGCUCUUGCCUUUGAAGUCCUGGACAAACUGCUAGAUGGAGACUUAACGAGUGAUCCUUCUUAUUUCCAGAAUGUCACAGGAUGUUCUAAUUACUACAACCUUUUACAGUGCACGGAACCUGAGGACCAAAGUUACUAUGGGAAAUUUUUGUCCCUUCCUCAAGUGAGACAAGCCAUCCAUGUGGGGAACCGGACUUUUAACGAUGGAUCUGAAGUUGAAAAGUACUUGCGAAAAGAUACAGUACAAUCAGUUAAGCCGUGGCUAACUGAAAUCAUGAAUAAUUAUAAGGUUUUGAUCUACAAUGGCCAACUGGACAUCAUUGUGGCAGCACCCCUGACAGAGCUCUCCUUGAUGGCCAUGAACUGGAAAGGUGCCAAAGAAUAUAGGACAGUGGAAAGAAAAGUUUGGAGGAUCUUCAAAAGUGACAGUGAAGUGGCUGGUUAUGUGCGGCAAGUGAAUGACUUCUGUCAGGUCAUUGUUCGCGGUGGAGGACACAUUUUACCAUAUGACCAGCCUCUGAGAUCUUUUGACAUGAUUAAUCGAUUCAUUUAUGAAAGAGGGUGGGAUCCUUAUGAUGAAGAAACUUUCCUAAAACAAGACACUUCAGGAUUUUAACCUCUGAAAAUUUUCAAAAUUGAAAAUGUUGAAAAUUGAAAAUAGAAAUGAUUGUCUUUUUUAUAUCUGAAAACUGUUUCUCAUCAAUAAAAACUUUUUCCUUGUAACAACCAGGUUCUGUUUUAAGUAGAGAUGGUCCCUUACUUUUGUGCAUGAGUGGGAGUUGCAUCUUCUAACUGAAAGGAUGCAAGAAUAGAUUCUGAAACACCAAUCCAGAUGGAACUGGACAAUGGGCUAUCAGGGUCUUCAAUAGAAAUUUUAAUUCCAAGAAUAUGUGAAAACUGUAAUAAAUGAGUAAAGUUGUAACAACAUUGGCUUCAGUAAGAAGUUUGUUAAAACAUGCAUGUGAAACUGUCUUGUAAAUAUUACUGGAUAAAACAGUACUGAUAUAAUAGUGAUAAAAUAUUGAUAUAAAAGUUAUAAUAGUGGUAGGGCUGGCCUUGGGCAUGGAGAAAGUCUUACCACAAAAGGUAAUUUGUGUAAUUUUUGGAACUAGAUGCACAUAUAAAAGUAAUGAUGUAUGAAUUGAUGACAAGCAGAGGAUCUACCAGAGAAUAUACUGAAUUUGCUUUUUCUUUUUUCUUUUUUUUUAAUUUAUUGGUCCAUUUGAAAUAUACAUAUUCAUCUAAUAGCCUGCAGGCCACAUUAGUUAUGAGCCAUUUUUAAUGUGGGUUUUAAAUUCUGUACUUCUUUAAGCCAAAUAAAGAAUAAUCUAAUUUUGUAUAAUUGUAGGACUAGCAACAAAAAUUUGAGAUAAUCUGGCAUCAAAAUAGAUUUGUUUAUAAAUAUGCAUACAUUAGUUAUUUUCCAAAAUAUCACAUCUUGGCACAUCUUUUCUAUUUAUGUAUCAUGUGUUCAUAUCUCUGAAACUCUCCAGCACAUUUGGCUUUUCCACAUCAUUCAUUUCCCUCUCAUAUUACCCAUCUAAGAAAUGGCUCAUUGGAUAACUCAAUAUAAAAAGUCAAAGCCUGUUCUUGCUGCAAAUAUUUUACUAAUUUCUCACUUGAUUUCAUUCAGGUUUUUUCACAUCCUUUGUUUUUAUUCAUAGUUUUCAUUGUGCCUACAUACUACAAGUCUUCAAUUCAAAUAUUGUGUAUCGAAAGCUUAUUUUAAUUAUUGCAGAGGAUAAAAUGGAUAGAGUGUGCAAAAAUCUGCAUAUAGCUCCAUCUGCAAAGUUGAAAUAAUCGCAUUCAGCCCCAUAAAUAUGUAUUGGGAAGCGUACCAACUGUGACUGUGAGAUGGGGAGAUUAGUUCCAUGUGGGUCAUGAAUGCACUGAAUGUUUCUGGAUAAGUCAUUUCACUGUGUUAACCUCCCAAAGUGUCAAAGAAGAUAGAGAGAAGAGGAGAUUUCUGAGCUUGCUUCCAGUACACAUAUCAUUUGUGACAGUACUUAAUUGGUAAGAUAGCAUGAAAUGACAGAGUCAAUCAUCAUUAUUCAUGGAGUCUGUAUUUUUAUUCAUCUACUCACUAAAAAUUUACUUGAAAUCCCAAUGCAAAUUCUCACUUUUGCAGUCAUUCUUGAACAUGCAGUGAUGAAAAGUUUGAGUAGCCAAAUGUGCAUGUUCUCAGCUGAAUAAACAAGGUUCUGCUCUGA